AUGACCCUUACGCAAGAGACAUUCAAAUCUGCGACAUUAGCGCUCAACGAAACACCCGAGUUUACGGAUCUAACACAAUGGCGUUUGCGUGUGGAUGAGGGUGCACAGACAUGGCACUACUUAACUACAGACGAAGAGAAGGCUAAUUGGCCUCAAACUAAUUGGGACAAGUACCAUCUUGGUCUUCCUGUUGACGCUGUCAAGCUGCCUCCUGCAAAGUCUCCUUUAGCUGCUGCUCAUAAUGGAUUUGAAUUCUACCGUCUUUUACAGACAGAAGAUGGGCAUUGGGGCGGUGAAUACGGAGGACCAAUGUUUCUUAUCCCAGGGCUGGUCAUUGUUCACUAUAUUACCGGCGUACCUGUACAUGAGCCUACUCGUUUGGAACUGAUUCGAUACCUGUUGAACCGUGCUAAUACUGAUGAUGGUGGUUGGGGUAUCCACAUUGAAGGCAUCUCUACUGUAUUUGGUACUGCACUCAAUUAUGUAGCCCUUCGUAUUCUCGGUCUUGGUCCUGAUCACACAGCUAUGGUUAAGGCACGCACUAAACUUCACGAACUCGGUGGUGCCACAGGUGCGCCUGCCUGGGGAAAGUUUUGGCUUGCAGCAUUGGGCGUAUAUGAAUGGGAGGGAAUGAACCCUGUACCACCUGAGUUAUGGGCACUUCCAAAUUUCUUACCUUUAAACCCUGGAAAUUGGUGGGUUCAUACUCGCCUCGUGUACCUACCAAUGGGGUACAUUUACGCUCUUCGCCUCAAUGCUCCUCUCACCGAAUUUACAAAAUCCUUGAGAGAUGAGCUAUAUGUAUGCCCUUACGAGGAAAUUGAUUGGAAUAGGCAGCGCAAUAACGUAUGCACGGCAGACCUUUACACUCCUCAUACAAAACUCAUGGACGUAUUGAAUGAGGUUGUUACUUACUACGAGUAUAUUCCUCUGCGCUUAAACUGGCUUAGACAGUAUGCACUCAAGGUUACAAUUGACCAAAUCCGAAUGGAGGAUGAAAACUCGUUCUUUUUGGAUAUUGGACCUGUUAACAAGGUGAUGAAUUGGCUUGUAGUAUAUUAUCACUAUGGCAAGGAUUCGCGUGAGUUCAGAGAACAUGUCAAACGUAAUGCAGAUUUCUUGUGGAUGGGUCCGGAAGGCAUGAUGAUGAAUGGUACAAACGGCAGUCAAUUGUGGGAUGCCUCGUUCCUUGCUCAGGCGUGCGUCGAAGCCCGUCUGGCUGAAAAUUUUUCUUUCCGCAAGAAUAUGAACAAGACGCUCGAAUUCAUUGACAUUUCCCAAAUCCGCCACAACCCAGCUGAUUAUAUGGCCAGCUAUCGUCAGAUUACAAAGGGGGCCUGGCCGUUCAGUACACGGGACCAAGGCUACACUGUGUCGGAUUGUACUGCCGAGGGUAUUAAAGCUACAAUCAUGCUUCAACAGACACCUGGUUUGGAACAGCUGAUUGACAGUGAACGCCUAAGGGAUGCUGUAGAUGUGCUUUUAACUAUGCAGAACAAAGACAAUGGAUUUGCUUCUUAUGAGCCUAUACGUGGCCCUCACUGGCUUGAGUCCUUAAACCCGGCAGAAGUUUUUGGAAACAUUAUGACAGAGUACAGCUACCCCGAAUGUACCACUGCUGUCCUCAUUGCUCUUUCAACUUUCCGGAAGACUGAUCCCGACUAUCGCAAAGAAGAGAUCGAGGAGGUUUCACGACGUGCACUCUUAUAUAUUAAAGAUGUUCAGAAUGAAGAUGGUUCGUGGUAUGGUGCCUGGGCCAUUUGUUUUACGUAUGCUGCUAUGUUUGCCCUACAGAGUUUGGCAAGUAUCGGGGAAUUCUAUCACAACAGUAACUAUUCCAAGAAAGGUUGUGACUUUUUAAUCUCAAAGCAAGAGACUGACGGAGGGUGGGGAGAGUCUUACAAAUCGUGCGAGGACCAUGUCUAUACCCACAAUACCAAGUCACAAGUUGUACAGACUGCUUGGGCAGUCAUGGCUUUGAUGGAGGCAAAAUAUCCUGAUGAAGAGCCCAUUAGACGGGGCAUUAAACUGAUUAUGAAACGUCAACAAAGUAACGGCGAAUGGCUUCAGGAGAGCAUUGAAGGCGUGUUUAACAAGAACUGCAUGAUAUCCUAUCCAAACUACAAAUUCUCGUUCUCUAUCUGGGCUUUGGGAAAGUACGCGAAGAUUUACGGUGACAAGACUCUGGUGGAGUAA